AUGUCUUUAGAAACUAUCACGACCAUUUCUCCCACCACUAAUGAGCCCGUCGUUACCCGCACCGGCGUCUCGGCGGAGGACUUACGACGUAUUCCCGAGGCGGCCCAGGCGGCAUUCCGCUCCUUCUCACAGCAUAGCACUCUCGAACAGCGACAGAAGAUCGUGGAAAAGGCGUUGGAUGUUUUGGAGAAAAAGAAAGAUGAACUGUCUCGCGAGGUCACCGAGCAGAUGGGUCGGCCCAUCGCCUAUACCGGCGUUGAGGUCUUGACAGCAAUCAAGCGCGGAAGGUACUUGGCCAAAAUCAGCACCGACGUGCUGAGCGAAAAGGGUAUUGUGCCUGGUGAGGAGGAGAAGGGUUUCCGGCGAUACAUUAAGCGCACACCGGUGGGAGUUGUUUUGGUUAUCUUCCCAUGGAACUAUCCCUACCUUACUCUCGUGAACAGCUUGAUUCCCGCCAUUCUGGCCGGCAACGCUGUCAUCCUGAAGCCCUCGCCUCAAACCCCUACCAUCGUCGAACAGAUUACUUCAGCGUUUACAGAAGCAGGUCUCCCGAAGGACGUCCUCCAAUAUCUACACUGCGGAUCUUUCACAUUACUAGAGGCGUUGGUUCGCUCACCACAGGUGAACCACAUCUGCUUCACCGGCUCAGUCGCAGCUGGCUUGGCCGUGCAGAAGGCAGCAUCAGACCGCGUUGUGAAUGUCGGUCUGGAACUCGGAGGCAAAGACCCAGCCUACGUGCGAGACGACGUGGAUCUAGCCUGGGCAGCGGAAGAGAUUGUAGAUGGAGCGAUCUUCAACAGCGGACAGAGCUGCUGCGCGAUUGAGCGCGUCUACGUUCACGAAAAGAUCCACGAUGCGUUCGUUGCUGAGAUCAAGAAGGUACUGAGCAAUUACCGUGUCGGCGACCCGUCAGAUUCAAAAACUCAGAUUGGUCCUGUGAUCUCCAAGCAAUCAAAGAAGGCUAUCUUGGCCCAGGUCGCGGAUGCAAUCAAGGAGAGUGCUAAGGACGAAACUCCUGAAAAUGCUACGUUUGAAAACUUCCCUCUCAAUGGCAACUACGUCAAGCCUACGCUCCUCACUGGCGUUAGUCAUAAGAUGACCGUUAUGACGGAAGAGACGUUCGGACCUGUGAUUCCUGUCAUGAAGGUCUCUGGUGAUGACGAGGCUGUACGCUGGAUGAAUGAUAGCGAGUUCGGGUUGACUGCUAGUGUCUGGACCAAGGAUGUUCCUGCGGCGGAGAAGCUCAUUGAACGUGUUGAAGCAGGAACUGUGUUUGUGAAUCGGUCUGACUUCCCUAGUCCGGACCUGGCCUGGACCGGAUGGAAGAACUCCGGCCGCGGUGUGACUUUGAGCCGAUUUGGCUUCGAGCAGUUCGUCAAGCUGAAGAGCCACCACAUCAAGAAUUACCCCAAAUGA